UGUCUCCCCACAUUUUGAAUGUGUGCUAUUCGAAUCAUCUCGACUCUGCUUGCGAAGUUUGAUCAUUAUCUCGAGCCUUAGGAAAUAAUGGGUUGCUUCUCAAAGUUUGAGAAGAAAGUAUGUCCAACUGACGAAGACUCGGCUGCGGCAGAAACUGCAGCACCCCUCGGAACGGGAAAACGCGAGCCUGGAGAUGAAGGUGGUAUUGAAACUACACGUCACGGGAAUGAGCCCCACGUGACUCCAGAAAUGGAAAAGAGGCUUCUGAGAAAGUUGGACAGGAGACUGAUUCCUCAUAUCAUGUUUCUAUACAUGCUCUCAUAUUUGGACCGCUCCAAUAUUGGCAACGCCAAAAUCGCAGGCAUGCAGAAACAACUCCAUCUCUCCUCCCCAGACUACCAAUGGCUCCUUACCAUUUUCUACAUCGCCUACAUCUUCUUCGAGUGGCUCAUUCUGAUGUGGAAAGUCGUCCCACCACAUAUCUGGUCCGCAAUCUGCGUCACGGGUUUCGGCAUCGUCGCAACCCUUCAAUCAGCAACCUACUCCUUCACCGGCAUGAUGAUCGCCCGUUUCUUCCUGGGGAUGUUCGAAGCUGGAUUCGGUCCUGCCUUCCCCCUUUACCUCUCCUACUUCUACCUCCGCCAUGAAAUCGGCCUCAGACUUGGAUUCAUCAUCUCGGCUGCACCGCUCGCUACUUGUUUCGCGGGUGCUCUAGCUUAUGGCAUAACAAGCGGCGAUGGAUCAAAGAUUGCGAACUGGAGACUCCUCUUCCUCGUCGAAGGGUUCCCCUCAAUUGUUGCCGGAGUCAUAACCUUCUUCACCCUCCCCGACAGCCCCAGUGCAGCCACAUUCCUCAACCAUGAAGACCAGCUGGUAGCUCGCGCUCGAGGAAUCCGGCAAGUAGGCUCUCAAUCAGAUCACCGCAUCGGCGAAAUCAUAUGGGCAGACGUCCUCGCCGCUCUUCUUGACCUCAAGAACUACUUCACUGCACUAAUGUACUUCUCAUGCAACGUCUCCUUCUCCUCCCUCCCGGUCUUCCUCCCCACCAUCCUAACAGAAAUGGGCUUCUCCCCAAUCCACUCCCAGGGCCUCUCCGCACCCCCCUACUUUCUCGCCUUCGUCGUCGUCAUAGCAUCAACCUACAUCGCCGACCGCACACAGCAGCGCGCCCUCGUCAUCUUCGCCCUUUCUCUCAUCGGCGCUGUCGGGUACAUCCUCCUCGCUGCCACCUCUUCAACAGGACCAAUAUACAUGGGCGUCUUUCUUGCUGCGAGUGGGAUAUUUGCCGCGAUCACUAAUAUUCUUCCUUGGGUUGCGAACAAUGCGAGUAGUGAUACGAGACGGGGUGCUGGAUUGGGGAUUUUGGGACUGGUGGGUCAGUGUGGGCCGUUGCUGGGCACAAGGGUGUAUCCUGCGAAGGAUGCGCCGUGUUAUAGGUUGGGGAUGUGGUGUUGUGCGGGGUUCAUGUUAUUCAAUGCCUUGCUUGCGGUGGGACUGAGAGGGUUGCUUACGUGGGAGAAUCGGCAGCUUGAUAAGAAGUACGUAUUUCUUAGAGCUACUUCUCCGGUACUAAAUGGCGAGUGUGGGGAUGGGAGAUUAGAGUUUUUGGGAGUGAUGUUAACUGAAUUCAUAGGUAUGGUCCCGUGGCCAGGAUCUCUGGGGAUGGUAAGGUGGAAGGAGGACCUGCUGGUUUUGGGGAUGAGAUUGAGGGGCCAAGGUUCAGAUACGUGUUAUGAUGUGGUCGAUGGUGUACAGAGCAAGCCGGAAUGGUCAAAGAGCUGUCCAGCUUAUUUUAGGAAAGAGGUUGUAAGUGUACAAUUCUUGACUCAAGCCGGACAACAAACCUUCCGUUUUAUCCCCAGCACUUCAAUAUUAUUUGCGCGAGAGGGGAGAUACACAAAUGACUGUUGAUGGUGGCAUGCCAGGUACUGACCGAGCAGCUGCUUCGAGACAGCAAACAAUAUUGGCAGAGACGCGCCAUGUUCUGUCAGGACCCCGAGAUGUACAUGAGGCGUG